AAGAUUAAAGUCGAAGAGCAUCUCCGUUCUCCAUUUGUUCGUCAGCAAAAAUGAGGAAAACUAGUUUGAUACAGUUUGCGAGACAAGUUAUCACAUCCUCGUAUUCUCACUCCCGUUCUUUCUCUUCUCCCCCUUCCAACAAUAAACUCUUUGUGGCAGGGUUGUCAUGGUCGGUGGACGAAAAAUCAUUGAAAGAAGCUUUCUCAUCAUUUGGCGAUGUAUCCGAAGUAAGGAUCAUGUAUGAUAAAGACAGUGGUAGGUCAAGAGGUUUCGGGUUUGUGAACUUCUCAUGUGAAGAUGAAGCCAGUUCAGCCAAAGACGCCAUGGAUGGAAAGGCUUUUUUAGGAAGGCCAUUGAGUGUCAGUUUUGCUCUGGACAAGGUCCGUAAAGAACCUGUAACCACUCGCCAAAUUAACGGGGCAACUACUUUCAGUCAGUGAUGCAACAAUUUUAUUCUGUCAUAUGAUUAUAUCAGCAUUCCAGAUUAUGAAUUUAUGUAAUCUUCACUAAAUUUUGCUUUAUAACAUAUUAUCCCCUUCAAGUUUAAUCAAAGUUCUUAAUUUGGCACC